UUGUGGGCAACUUCGCAUUUCAUAUAAAUUGUUGAAAUAAAAAACAGAUAGUAAGAAAAAUAGUUUUCACAAUCGCAUCAGAUACCAAUUGCCCACAAAAAUUGAAGAUAGGUUCAAUUUGUAAAAGGAUAUUUUAUGCAACGACACUUGCUGAUUAGAAAUGGAAACGCUGAGAUGUUUUAUGGAAUAUUUUGAAUCGUAGUGCAUUAACCAGUUCUCCAAAAGAUUCCGACUUCAAAAUGUGUAUUAAGGUCAUAAAAAUAUGUGAACAUAAGAUGCUGUAAAGACAAAUAGAAGCAAGCUUUAUAUCUUUCUUUUUUUCUUUUGUAAACUAUGCAUGCAGCUUCUUUGACAUGCUGUUUGCUGCUUAGUGCAUGGAUGCUGAGUUGCGAUGGGCUCCCUAUCGAAACCAAGAAACACUUUAUAAUUCUGAAAGACGUUGCAGCUAGCCACAGCGAAGAAACGAGAGAAAAAUACUCGGGAUGUGAGUAUUUGGAUUUAAAAGAUGUGAAAUUUCUCGAAAAUGGUAAUAUGUUAAUCCUGUCCUACAAUAUCACAAUGACCCCGACACGGACAUAUAUCAUUGUGGACAAUGUAAGAAUAUGUUUCAACCGCAGCGAAGAAUUAAAGAGAGAAAUUUUACAAACAUGCGAAAUGUGGUUGUACGAAAAAGAUGAAUUUAAAAUACUCGAAAAUGGUUCAGUUGUACUGCUUUCAACAAUACCUCUGAUACUUGAAUCCGGAACUUACGAAAUUGAGGAGAAUGGACUCCAUACAUGUGUUAGUGAUGAUGUUAGCGAUGAAAAUUCUACUUUUAAUGAUGAUGAUUCUAUGACUUACCGCUCGGCGUCUGCCAUAUUAGGCAGAGUCGGAAGUUCCAUCUCUGUUGUAGCAAUUACAGUUCAUUUAAUCAUAUUUUGCUCAGUACCUCCUCUGAGAAACUUGCCUGGAUAUAAUCUGGCUUCUUUAAGUAUAGCCUUUUUGAUUGCAUAUUCCAGUGUUAUCAUUGGCCAGAUUCCAAGUGUUCUUGGUUUAGCUUGCAUCAUUUCUGGUGUUUUACAGUUGAACUGCUUCUUAGUGGCAUUCUUUUGCAUGAAUGUUAUGGCUUUCGAUGUAUGGAGGACGUUGAGACUGGCUACCUCAAAACUGGCAGUCACUUCAGAGAACAAGAAAAAGAUUCAAUUCAUUAUAUACACUUGUUAUUCUUGGGGUGUGCCUUUCAUAAUUACAGUCAUAGUUGUCAUUCUUGAUAAUUUGGGAGGAAUACCUUCAUGGAUAAAGCCAAGAAUUGGCGAUAAAAUGAUUUGUUGGAUUACCAACAACAAAGUCAAGAUCAUAUUUUUUUCAGUACCUGCAUUCAUAUUAUUCAUGGCAAAUGGUGUUUUCUUUGUAUUAAGCGCGACUAUCAUUAAGAAUAAUACUAUGCAGAAUGUCAAUGAUCAACAUAACCAGACAGUCAGAUUGAAUUUCGUACUAUAUGUCAGGUUAGGACUCAUGAUGGGAGUAACUUGGUUGUUUAGUGUGUUAGCCACCUUGACCAACAGCUCCAUCUUGUGGCUUAUCUCCGAUUUUCUCAAUCCUCUGCAAGGACUCUUUAUUUUCAUACUAUUCACAUGCUCGCCUAAAGUUCUCAAAUACGUUAAACAAAGAGUCAGAGCUAAAAGAACUCCCAAAACUUCAACUACUGAAAAGAAAUCAUGCUCAUCUUCUGAUAAAAAUACAACAAACUCAUCGACUGCUACGACUCAAGAAACGACGUUCUCAUUUCCUGGACAUCAAGUGAUGACGCCAAAAAAUGAAUGUGGUAUAUAAAUGCAGUUAUGAACUUUUGAAAUAAAAUAUUCAAUGAUAUACAAUCUUAUAAUUUUCAGUCAAUGAAAAUAAACAGUUGGAAACCAGUCAGUUUACAAAGGAAUCUUCUACGCGUCUUACAGACUUUUGCAUGGUGACAAAUAAUUCAUAUUACUUUUCUAAAUUUAUUUUGGGAUAAAAAGACAGUAUACCCCACCCUUCAAAAUGAACAAAGUAAAAGCUUUAUUCCAUAUAGCUUCCGUUAUAUUCAUUAUGUCUUAAUACCAUAAAAUUUCUAACCCUUUACCAUAAAAUUUAAAAC